AACCUAGGCGUUAUUGACUUGAAUUGCGCUGUCUAUGAUUUGAUUUUUUUUGUUCAAGUACUCUAGGUAUUGUAGCGCCACCUAUUUAAAGUUUUUUGAUGACACUUUUUGGUACAUGGAGAUUUCGUUCCUUAUCUCCACCUUCCGUAGCGUUAACCCUCAUUGUAUUCAGCCGGCCAAUGAACCCAAAGAGUAGUAAUAUUUCUAUGAAAAUGAUAUAUAUGGGAAUAUUCAUACAUUAUCUAGCCAAACUUCAUGGUAAAUUUAAUACUGGCCAAGACCGGCCAUAUAACUUAACAAAAACGUCACUCACUGUCAAAACAGCCUGUGAUUCAAUUAGAUACCGAAUUUUAGGAUAUUUUAGUAGUUUAGUGAUUAUUAGUAGAAGAUAUUUAGGUAACAGUUUAUCAUGCAUAAGAGCGCCACGGAAGUUUUAUCGAAAAGCAGCGACAAGAAAAGAAGCAGAAGUCAGAGCACUGUUCAGCCUCUUCACUUCCUCGUGCACAAGCCCGGCUGCCACUUCGAGAGCUGCUGUGGGGUCUGCAACCUGUUCCCGGGGGUGCUACUCAUCGCCUUUGUCCAGGUGCUUGUGGGAGCUGUGUUGCUAACGCUACUGACAUCUCACGGUCGGCAGUACGAUGAGAUUCAUCAUACGCAAUCUACGCAGCUAAUCAGCCUGGCCACUGGUGCGGUAUUGAGCGGAGUCACUGGCGCCGGUCUCCUGCUGAUCGUGGUGGCGCUCACCGAAAACUGCAAGGCGAUGCUGGUAUACCUGCUGGUGGCGUUGAUCGUCAUGAUGGCCAUAGCCACGCUGGGGCUCUUCAAGAUCAACAGAUCAUGCGGUCGCUUUAAAGAUGCUCCUAAAAUAAAGGACGAGCAACACCGACUAGCGAACUUGGCGUGCGUCAGUGGCCUGCUUACGUUUUUCGGUGCCGUUGUAUAUUUCUUCUCGUUUGUGGUGGUGUUCAGCUUCUACCACUUCAGAUACGUCCGCCGCGCCAUCUUGCUGCACGAGGCCGAGUGCGAGUAGUGCGAGUAAUGCGAGGCCGACGGCCGAGUGAAGAGGCCGAGUUCAACUGAAGCCAGAAGCCUUAUGUUUUUUAUUUUUUAUUUAAUGAAUUGUGACCAAGUAUGUGAAUUAUAUUAUUGUGUGAUAUUUU